AUAGAAAAUUCCUUACUGUUUGGCUGUUGAAGCUCCCUUGCAAAACAAAAAGAUAUCUCCCAAGAGAGAGAGAGGGAGAGAGAGAGAGUUUUCCUUUCGCAUUGGAGGGAAGAAACCAUGAACGUAGAAGAAGAAGUGGGGAGGCUCAAGGAGGAGAUCCAGCGAUUGGGUCAGCUCCAACAAGAUGGUUCCUAUAAGGUGAAAUUCGGGGUGCUUUUCAAUGAUGAUAGGUGUGCGAACAUCUUUGAAGCAUUAGUUGGCACCCUGAGGGCAGCCAAAAAGAGGAAGAUAGUUCACUAUGAUGGUGAGCUACUACUUCAAGGGGUGCAUGACAAUGUGGAGAUUACUCUUAUGCCCCCCCAAGUUUCUGCAUGACGAAGAUGAUUAUUUCUUGCAAUAUUUCACUUGCUGUGUGUUGUUUUCAAGAAGAUUCUUGAAGAAAUAUUUCCGGUGCAAAUGUCGCAGUAGUUGUUGAACAAUAUUCGAGCUCCUUGUGGAUUGUAAUUUGUAUGCUACUCUUAUGAAGCUUAUGUAUCUAUGAAGCAUAUUGUCCUUUUCUUUAUUAUAUAUUUAAUCUCAAGAUGGAUUGUGUUUGCCAGAUAAUA